UUAUAUUCAGUGGGGAUUAAAAAUGUCAGCCGAAAAUAACUUCAAUGAACGUGGGAAAAGUUUGAUCCUCAGACUAAGCGCUCAGACUGGCAUCAUUGGCAGGCGUGUUAACGUUUUAGAAGUCUAAGCACCAAGGCCAGACCCAGCAAUGAAAGCAGACGAGAACUUCCUGUUAUCAUUUUCAAGACUUUUUCGCGGUGAUUGUUUGCUUUAUCAGUUUAAUUUUAGACCGAGUAAGUGUUGCGAAGUGAUAUAGUAGACUAGAAGUGAUUAAGUUCAUCAUGGAAAUGUGCUCGUCUUUGUGGGAAAGAGCUGGAAAAGCGCUCGAAUCCAUUCCCAAUCCUAAAGAAGAGCUUUCUUCUUUUGUGGAUAAAAUGACUCAGCUGGACGAGAAAGUGUCCGACUUCCUGUUGCCUCAAAUCCAGGAAGUUUCAGAACCUGCCAAGAGAUUCUUCCAGAAGAUGAGGUCGGAGAGCAAGGAGGAAUGGGUGGACGAGGCCGAGGAAAAGGUUGAGGUGACCAAAAAGGCGGUGGAAGAACUCAACAGCUGCCUACAGAAAGUCAAGGAUCUGAUGGACACAUUUCAGUCCAAGACCAACACCACUUGGACUCGUUCAAGGCCACAAGCUACAUCCCCAGAGUGGCGCAGAAAGUACUCAACCACAGACAACCCACCCCCGAGUGACAAUGACCCCCCUGAGGUGUGGUACACCUGGCUGACCUGUAAGUUCACCACCAUUCUGGAGUUCAUCAAGGACGAAGUGAUGCCACCCCUGAUUGUGUACACGGCAUUGCCGGCCAGUCUGGUGCUGAUUGUGACCGUGUUGUGCCCCGCGGUGGGAGUCACUGCUCCCCUGGUGCUCAAAGGGUUCGUUGCAGGCGUGUGUGGCCUGUACUCGCUGAACAAAGUGCUGCCUUCUUUGAUCAACCUGCUGAAAGACGCUCAACGCGGAAAAGGUGCCGUUGCUUCCACCUCCAACAGUUCUGGCAUCGACAAACUCAAGAACUUCAUGUCUUCAUUGCACGGCGACGAUAAUUGAGCCUCAUUUAAUUAAACUGAGUGCAAAGUGAGCGGCGGCUUUUUCCUCCUUUCAAGUUAUAUAAGUCUCUGGUUGGAAUAUUUUCGAGAGAAUAAAAGGAAUUCCUGCAACGAAGAUCGGCCAUUGUUCUCAUUACAACCUGUGUUACCCGCGAGUCCAUAAAUUAUUCUGUUUUUUUCUCGCCAAAUUCCAUCGGAAAAAUCUCGCUUUGUUUUUCUUUCCUCAUAAUUUAUUGCUGAAUUCGCGAGACGUUUGAAAUUUGUGACAGGCCAAGAUUAAUUAAUCAGCCGCCUAGCUUU